GCAAGUGGGGUUUCUAGAUGGCUCGAGAUUUAUGUUAAUAAUUUUCUCCUCAUAAUUUACGCUUGUUUGAAAUUGAAAGCAGGUUUCGAAAUGUAAUCCGCGAGGUUUCGUGAUUGCAAUUGCAGUUGCAUUCGGACUGUCGCAGAUUUGACAGCAGUUUUGUGUUUACGUUUGGUUUGUUGACAAUUUCUCAAAAUCACACAGUUGGUUGUUUUGUUUUAAAUGGCUCCUACGCACGUACAUUUAUUGCUGGACCAGUUGCCCGGUUAUUUCGAUUCUUCAGUGUCGAUCGAUCAAAUAGAUCGUUUGUGCGAAGAGAGGGAAAAUGGCAGCAGUACCACACCGGUUAAUAGUGACAACAGUGACGAUAGUGAUGCUGACCAGGACGGUGAAGCUGGUGUUCCAAGAAAAACUCCCAACGUACACGAUCUGCGCAGCCUUCCGAUGGUGAAACGAGCGAAACGUGAUUCAGAGUUGCUUGAUUUGAUGCGGGACAUGAUUCGUGAGGUGGAAAACAUUCGCAACACCGCUGGCCGAUUCGAUCAGUACGACAAUUGGCAAUAUUUAUCGAAAAAAAUAAAUAUCGAGCAUUUUUUAAGUUUCAUUUACGCCAUGAUCUGUCUCGCUGAGCUCUACCCAACGGAAGCGACCCAUCGGAACUUGGCCAUUUAUUCGGCAAGAUUGUACAUUGUUUUGUUAAGCACACCGGGACAGAAACAAACGACAGUGUUCGAUGAACAGGUAUUUGCGAAAAGUUUGGAUGUUUUCAAGCUAAUCAAUCGACUGUACGAACCCGGUAAAGCGGGUGCACCACAAGGACGAAUGAAAAAUACCACCGAAGCGAGUCGGCUAAUGCUAGACUAUAUAUCCAUCCUGGAGGAUUUGCAACUUUUGCUCAGAUGUAUGACGCUGAAAAACUGUGAACCUUCGAAACACAAAUUGGUUGAAACGUUUAAAAACCUCCUUAUUUACUGCAUAAAGCAUGCACACAGCCGUGCAGAAGCGGAACAAAUGGCGGAAAACAUAUUCACAACGUUAAGCAUCAUUUGUUUGCCGGAGCAUGACGAUCACAACCAAUGCUCCGCAACCAUAAGCAUGAUACUGAACAAGACGGCCGUAUUCUAUAGUGCGGAGUAUAAAAACGUUUCGUCGGCUUUCCAGGUGCAUAAUGUGUUUUUGCGAUUGCUCGAACAAAACCCUGCCGACACAUGUGGAGUGUUGACAAAUUUCAUCAAAUCGGUACUUACGAACCCACCGAAAGUUUUCGCCCGUCCCGAUGACUACGCAAUACUGCUGGAUGCAGCCGUACGGUACGAGCUGGUCAUGUACAGAAAAUGUAACGUUUCCAUCGUCGACUACCUCAAACAGAUAGAAGCACAUGCAGAGACUGGCACUCGCAUUAAUAUCAUAGAAAUGAUAGCAAAGUUAGCAACGGUCGACUGUAGCGUCGAUUGGGAAUUGUUCCAAUCAGAGAUAUCGAGCGUACCGCGUGAAAUUGAGUUGAUCAAAUUGCUCCACAACAAGCUGAUCGAAAAGUCCAAUACUGUAAAGGUGAAGGCAUUCCAAUGUUUGCUGAAAAUGUUCCAGAACGGUAACAAAACUAUAAAGCAAAUAUUUCGGGACGCUUUCUAUUCCGCCAAUGCAGAUGAAGAUGAAAAAAACUACCUUCAGAUGAACGACGUUGAGGAGCUUUUUCAAACAGCCGAACUAGAGCUAGGCAUUUCUAGAAAUGUUCUUAACUUUGGUCAUCAGCAAUCAUCCGCCGUUGUGAACGAAUCGACCAGUGAUAACAGUUUGGCGGGUUCUAGUAAAUCUGCCUUAAAAGCUCAAAAGCUGACAUCCGAUGUGGCAGGGAUAGAAACGAUCGAAGACAUAUUAACAUCUCUGCCGAACAUAAUAUACGACGCCAUGCUAUCGCCAAUGUCCGCCAUAAGACGUGUUGCUUUAUCCUGCUUGGAGUAUAUUUUGGAGCUGAACAGAAACCGAAUAGAUGAACCAAUAUUUGACCACAUCAUUACAAAGCUUGCGAAAGAUCCCGUCAUGCUAAUGCGCCGUACUACGCUGAAUGUGCUGAACAAGCUGAUCGCACUGUAUCCGAACUAUUUACCACUGAUAAAGCUGUGGUCAAAGUGUUUACUCUUUUUCCUUGAUGAUAUUGACCAAAAGUUAAAGGAAUCGGCAAUGGAAAGCCUUAAGACGAAUGUGUUCGAUAAUAUUUGUCGGUACGAAGAUUCCUCGUCCAGGAAAGUAUUCACCCCGUGGAUGAUCGUUCGCUCCAUAUUGGUUAUAGGAAAAAUAAAUGUGCUCAAAUCAGCCGUCGACUCUUGGAUACAGAAAUCCAUUCUGACUGCCAAAAAUCUUAGUAUCAUAGAGUCCCACAUCUUUACGGUGAACUGUAGUGAGGCAUGGAUUAUACUGGCCAUUAUAGCAAACAAAAUGAAGUCCAAAAAUCCUGACCUGGUCAUCAAAACUAUGAACGACAUUUUGCAGCAAGAUACGUACAACUCACCAAUAUGUUUGCAGUACAUCCUAUCCGUGAUAAAAUCCUGGCUAUCCGACUUUACGCGUCCAGGGUUAAAUCAGCUGUUUAAAAUAUUGAGCGAUUUACUACGCACCGGAAGCACAAACAUAUCGCUUGUUAGUGACAUAUAUAGCUUGUGCUGCAUGAUAAAGGAAAAGGCCGAUGGUGCCAUACAUGAAACGUGGAUAACCACGAUACGUGACAGCAGUGCGGAAUAUUUGUUACACUUUCAUUCACACUAUACCAGUGCCCAUUUGGCAAACGAGCGCUACUUAAUAAGUCUGCUCGUGUAUGCUGAAGCAGCGACCGAUCUAAACGUUAAGCCUGAUAGCAACAUAAUGAGUAUAUUGCUAAACUAUUUAGCACGUAUUGCUGCUGAUGAAAAAGUUUUACUAGUACAAACCAAUCAAACGCGUAAGAUUAAUGUUACGAUAAUAGUGCUGGCGAGGUUUGGUUUACGCGAUGGAUCGUUGGCAUCGACGGUAAUUGCUGAUUUUAAUAGGUUAUUGAAGUUUAAGAACAUUCAUCAAAGCAUUUCAUGCACGCUAAUAACGGCUUUUGCCGAUCUUUGCAAAAGGCACACGUCUUUGGUGGAUUCAUCUAUUUCAACAGUUAUCGGACAGCUUAGUUCUCGAUACUUGUCCGUGAGGAGCGUUGCGCUGAACAAUCUGAAUGAACUGAUCUUGCAGGAUUACGUGAAGAUGCGCGGUAUCGUACUGUUGAACAUUCUAAAAUUAAUUAUCGACGAGGACGAUCAUAUUGCGGCACAAGCCUUCUACGUAAUACAACUGUACGUGAAUUCGAAGAAUGAGAAGUUAUUGAAAGUAUCAUUUUUGGAAUGUGUCUACGUGUUUAAUAACUAUUUGAAAUACGCAGAAAGUGACAUGUUUCCUGCCGCGGAUCUCGACAAUGAAGAAUGUGAUUUGGCCGGAAGCGAUGAAGCGUCGCAGCAGAAACGUUGUGCCAUUUAUGAUUUCUUCAUACAAAACAUUGACGACAUGAGUUUACUGAAAUUGUUAAAGAACGUUAACAAAAUCUACCAACAGCUAUCGAAGGGCAAAUACGUAGAGUGUUCACAGGGUGUUGGUACGCUUGUUGACUUAAUUUACGUUUUUAAAUGCAUGUGCGGUGUAAGAAAUCGUGACAAAGCCACGUCGAAAGGUGCAACGGCAACGGAAGACGAAACGAGCACAAAUGCUAGCGGCAAUGAAGGACCCUCCGCGAAAAGAUCCCGAUUAAAAGCUGCUCAAACACAGCACGAAACUGAAAUGACAACGAUUGUGGAAAAAAUGAUUGCAGUGUACCACUCUUUCCAGCAGGAAGUUCGCAAAUAUGUGCAGAAGAUCGAACCUGCGCAAAUGGGUCUGGUUGACAAACGGUUGGAAGAGCUGGCAUUAGCGAUUGCUGGAAACUUUCGUACGUUGGUAGAAUUUGCAAAACCAAUGAAUUUUUGGCGAUCCUUGCUUAAACUCAUCGAUAGUACAAAAGACGGAAAGCGAAAGCAAGGCAAAAAAUCGUCAAGCAAGAAUAAAUCAGAUGAGGAAAGUGCAUGCGAAAGCGAUGAAGACGAUGAAAUCGCUGAUGAUUUGUUGGAUUUAGAGUGAGAAUACGUUACAAUAAAUACCCAAUACCAAAGACUGUUAGACAUG